AUGCACAAUGCUGGUAUUUCUGUUUGCUACAAGACUGUUGACAACUAUAAAAAAAAAAUAGCUAAUGUGCACCCAGAAAAUAUUUGUAAAUAUUUUACUAAAAAUAAUAACAGCUUUUAUGUGUACAAUCUUGAUGACUACCAUAACAUACAUGAAAAAAGAUGCCCAGACACUGUGUUUCUUUCAACUGCGGCCCAUUUUGCAACAUGUAUCAGCAAAGAAGUCUCUAAAUGUGCUCCAAUUCCAAUAGACCACAAUGGUCUUUGUGAUGAUUGCCAUAAGAAUUUAGACGAAAGUGGUAGUGGCACUGUAUUGAUUUGUGGUCAUGGUUUUCAUUGGCAUUGCUAUGGUGCCGACACAUUUAGUGAUGAUGAUGGAAUUGAAGAAGUAGAAGAAUCUCAAGAAGAUUCAGAAGAUAAUAUAGAAAUAGAAGAACAUUCACAAGAAAAACAUGAAGUUGUAUCUAAUUUACAAAAUGCAUUAGAUGAUAUAGAUAAAUG